UCAGAGAGACUUGGUUGUAGUGUUAGCUUUUCUGAAUGUGGAGGAAUAGAUAUCGAAGAAAACUGGGACAAGGUUAAGACAAUCUUUUUGCCAACGGGGACAUCCUUUACAUCAGAGAUUUGUGCACCACUUGUUGCUACUCUACCACUUGAGAUCAAAGGAGUAAUUGAGGAGUUCCUCAAAGUGGUUUAUACUUUGUUUCAAGAUCUGGACUUUACUUUCCUGGAGUUGAAUCCUUUCACGUUGGUCGAAGGAAAGCCUUAUCCACUGGAUAUGAGGGGAGAGCUUGAUGACACUGCUGCUUUUAAGAAUUUCAAGAAGUGGGAGAAUAUCGAAUUUCCAUUGCCAUUUGGAAGAGUGAUGAGUGCUACAGAAAGCUUUAUUCAUGGGCUAGAUGAAAAGACAAGUGCAUCUUUGAAGUUCACAGUCUUGAACCCCAAGGGGCGAAUUUGGACAAUGGUUGCUGGUGGAGGUGCCAGUGUCAUCUAUGCAGACACUGUCGGUGAUCUUGGAUAUGCUUCUGAGCUUGGGAACUACGCAGAAUACAGCGGUGCUCCAAACGAAGAAGAGGUCUUGCAGUAUGCCAGAGUUGUAAUUGAUUGUGCAACUGCAGAUCCUGAUGGCCGUAAGAGAGCCCUUGUGAUAGGUGGUGGAAUAGCCAACUUCACUGAUGUUGCUGCCACAUUUAGUGGUAUAAUUCGAGCUUUGAAGGAGAAGGAAUCAAAACUUAAAGCUGCAAGAAUGCACAUAUAUGUCAGGAGAGGAGGUCCAAACUACCAAAAGGGCCUUGCCAAAAUGCGGUCUCUCGGGGAAGAAAUUGGCAUCCCAAUUGAGGUAUAUGGACCUGAGGCAACCAUGACUGGCAUCUGCAAACAGGCUAUUGAGUGCAUCACUGCAGCUGCAUAGAGCAACCAACUCUGUAUUAUUCAAGCUUAAAUGUUUUGGUUUUCUUUCUAGCUUUGUGUUAGCAUGAUGUUGUUUGCCAAAGAUAAAAGAGAUUGAUUUGUAUUUAUGACAUUUUUCAUAAACGAGCAAUCAAAAAUGGGCUCUACUCUUUAGUAAUGAGUUUCAGCUUA